AUGGCGAAAGGAGAUGCGGAAGACCCAAGAAGACAUGGUGCCAGAACCUACCAAGAUGACCUGCAGAAUGGUGCGACUCCUAAGAAGCUGCCGCCAGUGGCCGUUCCAACUGGAAGGAGCUGGCCGCUCGAUGCACCAACUAAGCUGAGGGAAGAACCGAGUCUAAGUUUAGUCCUAUUGACCCACACCUGGUGGCUGGGGCUCUGUCAGAGUCUGUGCUCUACAGCUGCACUCAAACUGUGGUUCUUCACGGUCGUGGGUUCCUGCUCUUGGAACUCGCCAAGCAGUUUCGAUACCAGCCUGGAAGGUGUGCGCUUUCAUAGUGCAGCACCGCAGACCUGUGGACAAUCCGAUUCCUCGCCGGAAGAGGUCACUGGACAAGCGCUCACGACCCCUCUGAAAGCUCUUCAGUGCGGAUCGUGGGGUGACCUCUCCGAGCCGGCGCCGCAAACCCGGGCGGGCGCGAUGAACUUCGCCCAAGUUCCCGUGCUGUUUGUCACCCUGCUGACCCAGUGUGCCAUUCCCGGGGAUGCAGAGGAAUGUGGGACGAUAUCAACUGUUGGCGUCACGCAAGAGUUGGGGAGACGGUUCUGUGUGCCCAAAGAUCUCGGGUGUCUGGGCACAGAGCCAGCGGCCAGCUUCCGUGUACUCCCACGAUGCAUCAAGCGGUGGCACCAGCCCGCCUCCAGAGCCAUGGAAAUGCGACACCCAAACAUCUUGGCUGGAGAUAGAGCCCUGCUCUUCAUUGCCAUGAUUGCCACGUUCUCAGGUCUGAGUGCCUUUGCUGUAUCUGGUACUCUUGCCUAUUACAUUGGCAGUGAAUUGGUUUGCUGCAACACCGUUGUGGAAUGUCAUCAAGACAACCCUGCUCUGAUUUCCUACAACUGCUUAUCCAAUGUCAGCAGGAACUGCACGAGCGUAGGGUGGACUGAGCUCUCGUCGUCCUACUUAAACGCCUGUGAUAUUAACAACGGGCCUCUACCCAGCGAUCAGAAACAGUUAUACCAAGUGGUGAUGACAAGCUACACCAUUGGGCACAGCUUGUCCCUCAUCUCCCUGACCGUGGCUAUUAUCAUCCUUUGCAGCUUCAGGAAGUUACGCUGCACCCGAAAUUAUAUCCACAUGAACCUCUUUUUGUCGUUCAUCCUGAGGGCCAUUUCUGUCUUCGUCAAGGACCUGGUUCUGUUCGAAGGCUUUGAAUGGGACUGCUCUGCUUCAAAUACUGGCUGCAAAGCUGUGAUGGUCCUUUCCCACUACUGCAUCAUGGCAAACUACUUCUGGCUGCUGGUGGAGGGCCUGUACUUGCACACCCUGCUGGUCAUUACCUUCUCGGAGAGGAGGUACUUCCGCUGGUACAUGCUCCUCGGCUGGGGGUUACCAUUGCUGUUUGUCAUCGCUUGGUCCCUCAGUAAAUACUACCUUGGAGAUGAUGGGUGCUGGCAACUCAUUGACACAUCCCUGUGGUGGAUCAUACGGGCCCCGGUUCUCGUGAUUAUCUUGAUCAACUUUGUUCUCUUCGUGUGCAUUAUCCGCGUACUGAUGCAGAAGUUGUAUUCCCCUGACAUCGGACUGCGUGAAUCCAACCAGCAGUACUGGAGGCUGGCAAAGUCGACUCUUCUCCUGAUACCCCUGUUCGGAAUCAAUUAUGUCGUGUUUGCAUUCUUCCCUGAUAGCUUCAGACCAGACUUAAAGGUGAUCUUUGAUCUUGCCCUCGGAUCCUUUCAGGGUUUUAUUGUGGCUAUCCUGUACUGUUUCCUGAAUGGUGAGGUUCAGUCCGAGCUGAAGAGGAGGUGGAGACGAUGGCACGUUGAUAGGUGUGUGGGUGGAGAAUUGACGUACCAGCACCCUUCCACAGGCAGUAAUGGGACCAGCUGCACCACCCAGAUCUCCACGUUAACCGGGUCCAGCCCCGAGACCCAAGGGUCCACCGUUCAUGCUAAGUUUUCCAUUUCCUAGACUGAGGCACCUUGAGACCUCAUCUAGUCCUCAAACGCCACAUGUCCUGAGAAGGAGCAAAACAAUACACAAACCAUAUGCCACUAAAUUGCUUUGAACCCAGUUUUCCAGGCAAGAUACGGACAAUGGGAAUCGAUCAAAACUGUAUUUCUGGCUGCUGCCGUGGUAACCUUCAAAGGGGUCAAGUUCGGGCAAGAAGAUCGCGGCCAUCUACCACACAGUUAAGCUAUUAAUGGCUGGACUUGACUCGAUCAUUGAAACCAGAUGCGAAGUCGUGGGCUUGAUCUGUAACGUUCUUCGUGUCAAUCUGUCUGUUUUUCUGGGUAUUGGUAACUGCCCCACUCAAACAUUAGAUCUGAUGUUGGGCUAAGAAAUUUUUUUUUAAUGCAGACACUGGAAAUCAGAACAAUGAACAGAAAAUGCCAGAAUAACUCACUGGUCAAGCGGCAUCUGUGAAGAGAGAAAAUUAGAGCUGAAAGUUCUUCAAAGAGAAAUUCUGUUUCCACAGAUGCUGCCUGACCUACCAAGUGAUUCCAGUAUUUCCUGUUCUUAUUUUUGGCCUGAUAAAAGGGGCUGAGAGGACAAAUGGAUCAGUCAGGAUGAAACGAUGGGCCAAAUGGCCCAACUCUUUUCCAAUAUCUGAUGGUCUAAUUUAUUCUUUUUUCUCCUUAGCACUGCCACUGCUUCACAGCUCUGGAAUCCCAGGUUCAAUCACGACCUUGGGUGUUGUUGGUGUGGAGUCUGCAUGCUCUCCCUGUGACUAUAUUUGUGUGCUCCCACCCCCUCCCUCACCACCCCAAGGUCUCCUACUAUAUUCCAAAUGCAAGAGAUUCUGCA